AUGGCCAGCUCAACCGAGUCAACAACCGACGAACGCCUUCACAUCCAAAAGUACUGGGCCAAUAUGCGGAGGAACAGCCCCAUCUAUGAAUUCCUCCUUUCUGACAUCUCACUUGUCUCCGCAUCCAAAGGCGUGGUCACUGCGAGGCUCAAUGUGAAACCGUGCCAUCUCAAUUCUAAGGGCACCUUACAUGGAACCGUGUCCGCUUGCUUGACCGACUGGGCCGGAGGUCUGGCAAUCGCAACUUAUGGCCGUGAGAAAACUGGUGUCUCGACGGACAUACACACUACGUUCAUCUCCACUGCCAAAGAAGGCGACGUGCUUGAAAUCGAAGGUCGAGCCGAUAAGGUGGGAGGGACCUUGGCUUUUACGUCUGUUGAGAUAAGGAAGAUCGAGGAGGAUGGUGCCGGCAGUCUCGUUUCUAUGGGCUCGCAUACCAAGUAUGUGAAGCAAUGA